CUCUCUCUCUCUCUCUCUCUCUCCGCACACACAGACGUGCACAUACAUAUACACACAUGCUCCCUUGGAGCAGACAACUUUCUGUCAGCGCGCAGUAGGGAAGCUUUCCCUCCUGUCUCUCUCUUCUCUCUCUUCUCUCUCUCUCCUCUCUCUCCUCUCUCUCUCCCUCACUCUCGCUCCACAGCAGGGGGGGGGGAAGUAACGCCUGGGGUCUCGUGGAACCGCAGACCCAGGACCGGUCUGGCAUUUCUCUUUUCUCUUUUUUUUUUUCCCCCUCUUUUUUUUUUCUUCUUUUCCGUCCAUCGCCCAGCCGUUUCGCGCGGUAGAGCCGCUCGCUGUGGAGGAGGAGGAGGAUGAGCACGGCACAGCCAGUGAGGAAGGGCAUCUCCUGUCCCUCCCAGGACCCCAACUGCACCCGCGUCGUGGAGUCCCUCUCCGCCUGGAACGACUCCAUCCUGGGCGCCUACCGGCUGGUGGACCUGCCCCCGAUCACCACCUCCGCGCCGACGGUGCAGGCGGCACCGCACCCGUACCCCACCGUGGACGUGCCGGACCACGCCCACUACACCAUCGGAGCGGUCAUCCUGGCCAUCGGCAUCACGGGCAUGGUGGGGAACUUCCUGGUCAUCUAUGCCUUCAGCAGGAGCCGAAGUCUGCGGACACCCGGCAACAUGUUCAUCAUCAACCUGGCCAUCACCGACUUCCUCAUGUGUGCCACUCAGGCGCCGAUCUUCUUCACCACCAGCAUGCACAAGCGCUGGAUCUUUGGGGAGAAAGGCUGUGAGCUCUACGCCUUCUGUGGCGCACUUUUUGGGAUCUGCUCCAUGAUCACGCUCAUGGUCAUCGCCAUCGACCGCUACUUCGUCAUCACGCGACCCCUGGCCUCCAUCGGGGUGCUGUCCCGGAAGAAGGCCCUGCUUGUCCUCCUGGCCGCCUGGGUCUACUCCCUGGGCUGGAGCCUGCCCCCGUUUUUUGGGUGGAGUGCCUACGUCCCCGAGGGCCUGCUGACGUCCUGCACCUGGGACUACGUCACCUUCACCCCCUCGGUGCGCGCCUACACAAUGCUGCUCUUCACCUUCGUCUUCUUCAUCCCCCUCAUCAUCAUCAUGUACUGCUACUUUUUCAUCUUCCGCGCCAUCCGAGACACCAACAAGGCAGUGUGUAAGAUCAGUGGGAACGGCAGCAGGGACUCCAUGAAGAAACUCCAGCGUCUAAAGAACGAUUGGAAGAUGGCGAAGAUAGCGCUCAUCGUCAUCCUCCUCUACGUCGUCUCCUGGUCCCCUUACUCUGCUGUGGCCCUGACUUCCUUCGCUGGAUAUGCAGAUUUUCUCACCCCUUACAUGAACUCUGUUCCGGCUGUGAUUGCCAAGGCCUCCGCCAUCCACAAUCCCAUCAUCUAUGCCAUCACGCACCCCAAAUACAGGUUGGCCCUCGCCCGGUACAUCCCGUGCCUGGGGGUGCUGCUGUGCGUGCAGCCCAAGGACCUCCAGUCCACCAGCAGCUUCACCUCCACCCGCCGCUCCACCGUCACCAGCCAGACCUCCGACAUCAGCGGGCAGUACCAGCGCGGCGGCGUCGGAAAGUGCCGCCUGUCCUCCGCCUCCGACAGCGAGUCCGGGUGGACUGACACCGAAGCCGACCUCUCCAGCCUGGGGUCCCGCCCCGCCAGCCGCCAGGUGUCCUGCGAGAUCAGCAAGGACACGGCGGAGAUGCUGGACUUCAGGCCGUCCAGCUCCCUGAAGUCCAAGCUGAAGAGUCACGACUCGGGCAUCUUUGAGAAGUCAUCCGUUGAUGCAGACGACAUCUCCGUGCCCGAAGUCGGCCAAUCGGAUCGCGGCUCGCCUCCGGCUGCCGCCGAUGUCACAGAGGGGGCGGGGCUAAGGGCCGCCGGGCGAAUCCCGAGCAUCGUCAUCACCUCGGAGUCCAGCCCCUUUCUGCCCUUCCUCAGGACGGGCGGGCGGACCUCCCGCACCAGGAACAGCAGCGGCGGGGGCGGCGGCGGCGGCCUAGGGGUGGGGUCCGUGACCGUAGAGUACCAGGGGCCCGUCCCAUAGAGGUACACAAACUGGGCGUAGUCUAAAAGGUGUAUCCUCCUGUGUUGUUCUGGCUCUCCUGGUGGUGGAAUGAGCUUCCCGGUGCAGUCAGAACAGCAGAAACCCUGCCCGUGUUUCCAACGCAGACUGAAGACUCACCUCUUCACAUUGCACCAUGGCUCCCCUGACCCCUCCUCUAGACAACCUUUCUUUUUCUCUUUCUUUCUUCAGAUUUCCUUUUGAAUAGUGUUAGAGUUAUAGCUGUGUUAAGGACAGGUUAUCUGUCAAGUGGUACUUUCUUUAGCUGCAAUGCAAUUUGCUGUCUGUUAGGUUAACGUUACAAUACUCAUUGUUUAUUAAUGGGCCUCUGUGCCUUCUUGGUGAUACCGCAUUUUUUAAUUUUAUUUAUUUUUUAUUCCUGAUGUUCUCCAUUUCCGUACAUCGCUCUGGAUACGAGCGUCUGCUAAAGGGAUUUUAAUGCUAUGUCAUCUCAUGCAAUGUAAUGCAAUGGCCGUCCCUUCACAGACGACAAGCUGUAGUCUGUAGAAUCUAUAGUCUGUGUGGCCUGCCCUGUCUCUAAGGCACUUUAAGAGCAGAGACUCUGUGCCAGCCCAACUUACUCUCUGCAAAUAGUGGCUCCUGACCUCAGGGCCUGUUCCCCUUUCUUUUUACGCUGAUUUGGGCUGAACUUCGUCAGGGCAUUUUUUAAAGCAGGGCUGGAGAGCUGGAGUUGGAAAGGGGCUGUUUCUGCAGAGACGAGAGCAGAGACAGCCCUUCCAAUACCACUGGCCACAAUCCCACAA